AUGGCCCAAUGGAAUCAGACCACAGUGUCAGAAUUCAUUCUUGCAGGAUUCACAGAUAAUCCAGUGCUCCGCACUUCCCUUUUUGUGGUGUUUCUAAUUAUCUAUGUGAUCACUCUUUUGGGAAACCUUGGGAUCAUUGCACUGAUCCAUCUUGAUUCACAUCUUCAGACUCCCAUGUACUUUUUCCUCAGCAACCUCUCCUUCUCAGAUCUCUGCUACUCCACUGUCAUUGUACCCCAAACACUGGUGAACUUCUUGGCUGAGAAGAAAGCCAUUUCAUUCAUUGGCUGUGCUUUCCAGUUUUAUUUCUAUGCCGUUUUUGCCACUGUAGAGUGUCUCCUAUUAGCUGCCAUGGCCUAUGAUCGUUACGUAGCAAUCUGUAAUCCACUGCUAUAUCCAGUUGUCAUGUCCAAGAAGGUCUGCAUUUGGCUAGUGUUGGUUUCAUACAUGGUGGGAUGUGCCAAUGGCAUGAUACACACAAACACUGCCUUCCGCCUUCCCUUUUGUAGCUCCAAUGUCAUUGACCAGUUCUUUUGUGAUGUACCCUUUAUACUGAAGCUUGCCUGCUCUGAUACUUUACUCAACCACAUCCUGCUUUUCGUGAUCUCCUUGCUGGUAGGGCUCUGUUCAUUCCUCAUCAUCCUUAUCUCUUAUAUCUACAUUCUUAUCACCAUCUGGAGAAUCAACUCAUCUGAGGGAAGGAAGAAAACCUUCUCUACCUGCAUUUCCCACCUGAUGGCUGUCACCUUAUUCUAUACCACUAUUCUUUUCAUCUACUUGAAGCCUACUUCAAGCUAUUCUGAAGGUCAAGACCGAGUUGCUGCUGUCUUUUACACAGUCGUGAUACCCAUGGUAAACCCUUUGAUCUACAGCUUGAGGAAUAAGGAUGUAAAGGAGGCCCUGAGAAGGAUAGCAAGGAGGAAAAGGGUUUCCUUUAAGACAUGA